ACCAACAAAAGUCUGUUUGGAAGGAAAAAGUAUCAACUCAAUUUAACAUAAAGUGUAAAAGAAAAUAAAUGUUUCAAUUUGACAACCAAAAAUGUUUAUUACCCGGGUAACUGAAAAACAAUAGAAUACAAAUUCAGAAGUAUAGUAUUGAGGAAAAUGAGACAUCUUUGGAAAUAGAAUGUCUUUUAAAGUGAUCACAGUUUUCAGUUUCAGUCCAGGGGAUUCACUAUUGUUGAGCAGAUUCCUAUGACUAUGGAAAUCCAACCACAUUUAAUCUAACCACAAUUAAAUGCACUUUAUCUGGGUGGAGAGAUUUAUCUGGAUAGUUUUUUAUUUAUGAUGGUUUUGAUUGGUGUAUGUUUUGGUCACGCCUCUGAGAGAAAACAUUUAAAAGGCAUACAGAAGUCUUUCUUUUUCUCUUCAGCCCACUAGUAGAAGCUUCAGGUCAGUUCCAUUCUUUAACUCUUCUAUUUCCAAGAUAUCUAUGUAUUAGAAAUGAAACUAGAGUUGUAAUUAGAGCUGAGAUUUUUCUACCACAUUUUUUUCCAUAACAAUGAAUGGGGUGCAAAAAUGUAUGCUCCCCCACAAACCACCCUAACAGGGCCGCAUGAUGCUAGAAAAUAUAUAUUUUUUUCUGUUAUUAUGUAUUGAAGUAUUACAAAAGGCAAGGGUUUUCACCAGAUUUAAUAAGCUAAAAAGUCCUAAUAUUUUGCCAGUAGUGCAGGAAUAAUAUACCUUUUUACAGUGUCUUCAGUGUUCUCUCACACGUCUAACUGUGUAAGACCAGAGUGAUCAUGGUGGAGUAUAAGGUUGAGGUGUUGGACAGCACUGUCCUCACCCUGGACACCAUCUACAUCAGGCUGAUAGGCAGCGUCUGCAACAGUAAGCCCCAGGUUCUCCACAGCCCACUUUCAUCGGAGCGCACAGUCACAGUGUGCAGUGACAACAAUGUUGGCACCGUCCUGCUGGUAGAACUAGAGGCCAGGUCAGGCUUUCUGCAUUUCCUUAAGGACUGGUUCUGUGCCAAGCUGGUGGUGACCACACCUGAAGGAGAUGAAGUCGUCUUCCCCUGUUACCAGUGGCUGGACAGCAAAAAGCCAAUCGUCUCUCUCCGGAACAGCAAGGCUUCACUUGUCCAGAAUGAAACAGAAAUUACCCUUCGCUACCAAAGGCAACAGGAGCUCGAAGAGAGGCAGCAGAACUUCAGGUGGAAGAAAAAUUCAGAUUUACCCUCCAGCAUUGAUGCAGAUUCAGCUUCUAAUUUACCGAAUGAGGUCAGAUUCUCAUUCACUAAGGACAUGGAAAUGAUGUUCACCGCUGUGAAAGUACUGGCUGAGCUGGAGCUUGAGAGUUUGAUAGGCUGCUCAGAAUCAUGGCGCAGUUUCAACCAACUUCAAUCAAUCCUCCGUCACCCCAAACCCAACAAGGCUGGAGCUUACGUCCAGCAGCACUGGCAGGAAGAUGAGUUCUUCGGCUAUCAGACGCUCAAUGGAUUGAACCCCAUGCUGAUUGAGCGCUGCACCAAGCUGCCCAGCAAUUUUCCCGUCACUGAGGACAUGGUCAGGUCUUCUUUGGAGGGGAGCAGUUUGGAGACGGAAAUGACGAAAGGAAAUAUCUUCCUCUGUGAUUAUAAACGCCUGAAGGGAUUUAAGGGAAAUAAGAUUGAUGGGAAACAGCAGUAUCUGGCUGCUCCACUCUGCCUGCUCUACAGCACCCCUGAGAAAACUCUCAAACCCAUCGCUAUACAGUUGCUCCAGAAGCCGGAUAAAAACAAUCCCAUCUUCCUGCCCACUGACUCCCAGUGGGAUUGGCUCUUGGCAAAGAUCUUUGUGAGGAAUGCAGAAUUCCACGAACAUGAGCUCAACUUCCACCUGCUGCGUACUCACCUGCUGGCUGAGGUUUUCACCAUCGCAACCCUCCGCAACCUGCCAUCAGCUCACCCGCUGUACAAGCUCCUGAAGCCCCACACUCUCUACACACUGCAGAUCAACAUCAUGGCCAGACACCUGCUGAUUUCACCUGGAGGGAUUUUCGAUAAGUUCACUUCAAUAGGUCAGAAAGAUGCAGUCAAGACAUAUCUGCCCAAUGUCUUCUCCACCUUGACCUACAGCUCCCUCUGUCUUCCGGAAAAUAUCAAGGAGAGAGGUCUGGAGGACAUCCCCAACUACUUCUAUAGAGACGAAGCCCAAAAGCUCUGGGACAUCAUCAAAAAGUAUGCUGAUGGAGUUGUGAAGUGCUACUAUCUCAGCGCUGAGGACGUGAAGAAAGACUCAGAACUGCAGAACUGGAUCAGUGAAAUAUUUAACUUUGGAUUUCUGGGAAGAGAACAGAGUGGAAUUCCAAAGUCUUUCAGCACAGUGGACGAGCUCAUCAAGUUCGUGACGAUGGUGAUCUUCACGGUGUCGGCUCAGCACGCUGCGGUCAACAACGGCCAGUUUGAUUUCGGGGGCUGGAUGCCCAAUCUGCCGACCGCCCUCAGGCUCCCCCCACAAUGUAAGAAAGGUGUGACCACAGAGGAAACCAUAUUUCAAACCCUGCCUGACGUCACAAUCACCAUCCACGCCAUAGCUGUCCUUUAUCUGCUGAGCAAGAAGUCCUCUGACCACUACCAGCUUGGAAAUUUUAGGGAGGAGCUAUUCAGCGAGGCUGUACCAUGUGGCCAUAUUGAAGAAUUUCAGAAAGCUCUCAAAAUAUUACAGGAUGAAGAUGAAAACAAGAACCAGUCCCUUGAACCUGGCUACCUUUACUUAAACCCAACAACUGUGGAUAACAGUGUUGCUCUGUAGAAUGCUGGACUGACCAGUGGGGGUCUCUGACAGUUGCAUAUCCUUAUAUGCAGAUUGAGAGCCUGAAUUUAAUUUAACAUUUUUUUGUGUUUUGUGUAAGUGAUUAAACCUUACCUUUUUCUUAAGUCUUUUACAAUUGGUGUAGCAGACAAGAAUGCUGACACUAUAGCCUAAGGUUCACAAGUUCAAAUCCCACAUUAUGCCGCUUCACCACCAGCAGCCGGAGUCUAAGAGAGCACAAUUGGCUAUUCUCUCUCUUGGUGGGGUUGGUGGUACUCUCUCCCGUCAUUACUCCCAAAGAGUAUCAGAGUAGGCGUGCGCUGUUUCUCACCCUCCAGGAUCAGAAUUGGGAUUUUAAUCAAGAUUACUUGCUCAUUUUUAUUUCAGAGUAAAAUUUGUUUUACCCAAAAGUGUUUUCACACUGCAAUUGAAAUUUAAAUAUGGUCAUUAUUAAGACUUGAAUUUGGCAUCACCUGGCCAUUUCCUAAAGAUGGAUCUGAACAAGCCGAACAUAGCCGUAACAAUUUAAUUAAUCUGCAAAUUCAAUUUUUUCAGCCAAAUUUUUGCAUGGUGCUCCUUUCCUUUUUUUCACUCUAAAAUUGUAAUAUUUCACUAAUGCUGAUUAAACAAAAAUAAAAUAGUAUUUUAUCUUUACCUUAAUGUCUUAGAGAUCAGCUCAUCUUAUAAUCUUAUACUAUUCACAUUUUCAGUAAACAUGGCCAGGGGUGCCCAAACUUUUGCAUUCCACUGGAUUAAGUUGUUUUUCUUGAAAUGGGUUUAAUUUGAUUGUUUAAUUUAUAUACAUAUAUAUUUACAGUUAUGAGUGUGUAUUGAUUUGCAGUGGUUAGAAUAAACUCAUAUUCAAUUAUACUAAUACAAAAUCUAAAUCAGGGGAUGUAACUGCUUGUUUGCAAAAGUCUUCAAGAGUAUGUGCUUAGUAUGGGUGUAAACUUAAGCAUAAGAACAACUGUGAACACAGAACUGUGGUGUUUAUCAGGGCAGAAACAGAAUUAAGACCUGGUGAAGAUGGAUGGAGGUGAAAGUGGCCUGAGUAGACCGUAGAUGGAUGUGAGGGUGGCCUGAGUAGACAGUAGAUGGAGGUGACAGUAGAUGGAGGUGAGAGUGGCCUGAGUAGACAGUAGAUGGAGGUGACAGUAGAUGGAGGUGAGAGUGGCCUGAGUAGACAGUAGAUGGAGGUGACAGUAGAUUGAGGUUAGUAUAGCCUGAGUAGACAGUGGAUGGAGGUGACAGUAGAUGGAGGUGAGAGUGGCCUGGGAUGACAGUAGAUGGAGGUGAGAGUGGCCUGAGUAGACAGUAGAUGGAGAUUAGUAUAGCCUGAGUAGUCAGUAGAUGGAGGUGGCCAGGGCUUUUUCUCAGUACAUUAUAGGAAUACCACAAUAACACUGAUGACUGUGAAAAGUUUGACCUCUGUAAGCGUUUCAUAUGGUCGUACCAUUUAAUGAGACUUGCUAAAUGAGAAGAAAAACAUGGUAACAAUCAUGUUACUUACUUAUUCUUGUUGUGUAAUAUACCCAGUGUGCCUUGUGUAUGAAAAUUGACCAGAAAAUAAACGUUUAUUGAUAGUCAACCUUAUAAUCCAGGGCACAUUGUGUGAAAAAUACAGUAAGUAUAACAAAUACUGUCUUGUUCGUUUGUUUGUAUUAUUUAAUUUCUGACAAAGUUCCAAAAUAUAUAUUGUAUAGUGUAUAUUAAAAAUAUUUUUCUGGUAAGGUUGCAAGGCAACCAUAUUUGUAUAGUUUCAUACACAUUGGCAACACAUACAAAUACAAAGACAUAAAUAAAGAAAACAAAAGCAAUAAUGUUUAAAACAUCUUAAAAUGAAAGUUAAUUGAAUUGCUACUUGAAAAGAAAAGUAUUUUAUAAAACGAAAGAAAGAAAUUUAAACAUAUGAAUGAGGAAUAAAAUGCUUAAAAAUUGGUGCAUGCAAUGAACUGAUAUUCCACCAGGGGGCAGCAAACAUCUGAAUUUAUUUUCUUAUUUCUGUAAUUAUUAUUUACAAGUUUAAUAUAUGUUAUUGCUAUUAAUUAUACUCCUUUCAUUAGAGCACCUGAAAAUCUCACAUGUAUCUUAUUACAUGUUACAUUUAUGCUUUAAGUCUUUUUGUGUUUUAGUGAAUUUACUCCUUUGUAUUUUUUAAUGAU